CACAGAUCCCCCGUUUAAUCGCCCCGCGUGUGGAUGUGGGUUACGUGUGAGUUGGAAAUGCUGCUGUGCGGCCGUCCCCGUCAUGUGUUUGGUCGGUCUGGCGGUACCCUCAGAGCCUGUGGGUUUUGCUCUGUCUGCAGGAAACACCUCCAGGAGAUCCCAUCCUCCAGCACUAAUGUUUCCACCAGCUUGGACUGGGACUCCAGCAAGACCCCGGAGUUCCUGUCGAGCGUGGGAGUGUCUGUCCUUAAGAAAGACAAGCUGGGCAACGAAAACAUGCCGCAAGACCUGCUGGUGUCAUCAGGCUGUCCUGCUCCAAAACGGCAGAAGGGGUUUGUUAUUGUGCGCCGGCCGUGGCUGCUCCGAGAGGCAGAGCCAGGUGUUUCUCUGGAUGCGCUUCCAGAUGAAUUACUUUUGGCAAUCUUUGCAUAUUUGCCCCUAAAGGACUUGCUAAAAGUUUCAGUGAUUUGCAAGAGAUGGCAUCGUCUUUCGUUCGAUGAAUCUCUCUGGCAGACUCUUGAUCUGACUGGUGGGAAUCUGCUGCCAGGAGUGCUUGGACACCUGCUGCCCGCAGGUGUUACUGUAUUCCGCUGCCCAAGAGCCUGUAUUGGAAAUCCAUUGUUUAAAACAACCGAACUUCUCAGACUUCAGUACCUGGAUUUGUCAAACUGCACAAUGUCUGUUGCAGAUCUCCAGAGUAUUCUUUGUCUGUGUGAAAGAUUGCAGAACCUCAGCUUGGAGGGACUAGUGCUUUCUGACAACAUCAUCAAGAGCAUUGCUAGGAAUCCCAAUUUGAUACGACUAAACCUUUGUGGGUGCUCAGGGUUCUCUGCAGAAGCCUUGGAGAUGAUGUUGAGCAGCUGCUCUGUGCUGGAGGAGCUGAACUUGUCCUGGUGUGCCUUCACAGCCACACAUGUCAAAGCAGCAGUCAGUCAUGUUACUUCAGUAGUCACCCAAUUAAAUUUAAGUGGAUACAGAGAGAAUCUACAAAUAGCAGAUGUGAAAACACUGGUGGAAAGAUGUCCUUUUCUUGUCCAUUUAGAUCUCAGUGACAGCAUGAUGUUAAAGCCUGAGUGCUUCCAGUAUUUUCGGCGACUCAUGUUCCUCCAACAUCUUUGUCUUAGUCGAUGUUAUCAGAUAUCACCUGCUGCCUUGUUAGAACUUGGUGAAAUUCAAACGUUGAAGACUCUUCAGGUGUUUGGGAUAGUGACUGACAGCUCCCUGCAGCUCCUAGAGGAGGCACUGCCUGCAGUGAAGAUCAAUCGUUCACACUUUACACCCAUUGCAAGGCCAACUGUUGGCAGCAAAAAGGACCAUGAGAUUUGGGGAAUCAAAUGCAGAUUGACACUGAGAAAUCCUAGUUUCUUAUGAUAUGUACAGUGCACUGGAUGCAAUGGACACACUGUGCAUUGAAGCUCCUUAAGAAACAAAGUGCUGGAGCACCUUUAAUCAUAGUACUGUUAUUGUAAAAAGCAUUCUAAUUUGCUCUUAUACCUUAAUGAUGUUUCAUAGUAUUUUUUAGCAUUGUUUGUACUUCAAGCCUUUAGAGAUCUGAUGAUCUGUGAGCAAUUGUAGAAUUUUUCAGGCUUUUUUUUUUCUUUAUACAGGGGAUCUUUGAAAAACUUCCAGUUAACUCCUGGAAGAGUUAAUUCCUCUUAGUUAACCUUUGCAAGCUGUUCCCUAACUCCUGGAACAGCUUGCAGAGGUGCUAGGUGUCUUAAUAAGGUUUAUUAAGGAAUUUGCAGAGCUCAAAGUGAAUAAGAUAUUAAACCUAUUCAACUACUCAAUUGAACAAAAUGCACAGUAAGAUGAAAAGCUGUGAGCACAAAAGAGGACUGAGUCUGAAUUAAUCAAACUUGAAAACAGUAACUUGGGGAUGUCUACACUAAAGCAGCUAAGAGAGCUCAAUACCGUACAAGUUAGGAGGCAGCAUAAAGGAGCUACAGUAAAGUUUUUACUUAGCAGGCCACAAAUGAUAAUUUUUUCUUCAGUAUUGUGUGCUGUUAGCAAAAUACAGUCUGAGAAGCCCAUUCAGAAUUAGCAUCUGUAAAAAUAGAUGUUGGUUAUCCAUGCUGGUUUCACGUGGUAGUGCUAGGUUUUCUGAUUAAAUGUUACAGAACCUUAGUGUAGCUUCUGUGAGUCUGAUCUCAGAUAAAAUUUCCUCCAAAGAACAACUGCAGCUGAUAUAGUGGUAAAAAUAUUGCAGGAGGAGGGCUCAAAAGAUUCUAGAUAUGACCAAAAAACCAAAACAUGGAACUGCAGCAUAAGAAUGCUGGAGGGAAGAGAUGCUUUGGUGCUAGCAAGAAACAUCAAUUUUCUUUUGUAAUAGUUUAUGUUUGUAGUAGCACUUCACUUUUUGUAUCUGUAUCACUAACCACUCUUGUCUAGUGUGGAUUUUUUUUUUUUUUGGUUAAAGUCA